AUGGCCAACAGCAGUGAGAAUUGCAGUUUCACAGCCAUUGACAGCCUGGCAUGGAGCGUGCAGCUGGGGCUCUCCAUCCCCACCUUCAUCCUGGGGCUGGUGCUCAACAUUCUGGCCCUGUUGGUGUUCUGCUGCUUUUGGAGGAAGCAGAGCAAGACCUCGGUGUACAUGAUCAGCCUGGUGCUGGCAGACGUCCUGCUGCUCCUCUCGCUGCCACCAAAGCUGUACUACUCUGUCACCAGGGUGCCUGGCCUGCUGUGCUCCUUCAUACAGGCUCCUUACUUCGUCAACACCUACACCAGCAUCUUCAUCAUCGUCUGCAUCACCGUGGACAGGUACAUCUGCAUUAGGCACCCCUUUGAAGGCCGAGCUAAGCAAUCCCCCAGGUGCGCUGUGGUGAUUUGCUGCCUCAUCUGGGCAGCAGCUUGGAUCUGCAGCAUCCCAAUUUUUGUGUUUCAGAAGAAGGAACCUAUUAGAUGCUUUCACAACAUGUCAAGCCAGACAUGGAGUGUCCCCUUCAUUGUUUCUGUGGAAAUAUUUGGGUUUCUGAUCCCGCUUGCUGUGAUGGUUUUCUGCUCUGCUCAAACCAUCUGGAUUCUCCUGAAUCGCAAAACUCAUGACAAAAAGAAGAAGGUAGAAGAGAGUGGCUCAUUGAGAGUAAUUGUCAUCAACCUGGUGGUGUUCCUGGUGUGCUUCACACCCGUCCACCUCGGGAUCCUGCUGCAGUGCCUGGUGAGGCAGCACGUGAUCGUGGGCUGCAGGGUGAAGCAGACCAUCAGCCUCUUCCUCCAGGUGUCCAUGACAUUUGCCAACCUGAACUGCUGCCUCGAUGCCAUCUUCUACUAUUUUGCUGCAAAGGAAUUCUGUAGGAGAACGCACCUGAGGAGGGUCAUUGAGCUGUGUCCUGUCCUUAACCCUUGUGCCAUGCGAUGGCACUGCCAGCAGUGGGACAAUGCCCCUUGUGAGGACACUGACAGUGCUGUGCCUGACCUGGCAGGGACUCUGCCACAGGGAGAAGGACAGUGA